ACAUACACGUCGUAAACGUCACCAAAAACUUACUUGCAAACAAAUUAUUGACAAAUUUCGUGUUAAUAAAAUGUUUAAUUAAACGUAUUCUACCGUACAUAUUUGGCGAGUGUAUGUGUGUAUGAGCGUGUAUGCGCCUUGCUGUGUCCAAGCGGCAGUUAAACAUAUGUACAUAUGUAAGAAAAAGAGCUGCAGUCGCAGGUUAAAUAUUUGUUCGUUUCGUGCUAAAUCUUAAAGGCUGAAGCCAAUUAGUAGCAAUUAUUGAAUUUGGACGCAAUGUCACUGCCAGGCAAUGGUAUUUAUGUGGUGAGAGGUGAAAUGGCCACGCUAAUGACGGCCAUGCGACGUGGUACGCGUUGGAACGCAACAGCCUACGUGGAUGAUGAAAAGGACGGCUUGCUGAAACUGUUCAUCGAUUUGAAGCAGGUGCUGAAUCGCAUUGAAGACUUACGUUUAAUUGAACCGAAUGUUUUUCUGGCGCCCUUUUUGGAGGUGAUUCGAACAGCGGACACUACGGGACCAUUAACUAGUCUCGCCUUAGCCUCGGUCAAUAAAUUUUUGUCAUAUGGCUUAAUUGAUCCGACUACCCCAAAUCUGGCUGUGAUUGUAGAGAUGAUUGCAGAUGCUGUUACGCAUGCUCGUUUUAUGGGCACCGAUCAGUCAUCUGAUAGUGUAACAUUUAUGCGUGUCAUCGAAGUGUUGCACACUCUAAUUCGUAGUCCAGAGGGUGCUGCUGUUAGCAAUGAGUCAAUGUGCGAAGUGAUGCUCAGCUGUUUUAAAAUCUGCUUUGAACCGCGUCUUAGCGAGCUGUUGCGUCGGUCUGCAGAACAAUCUCUAAAAGACAUGGUGUUGCUCUUUUUCAUGCGUCUGCCACAGUUCACAGAGGACGGCAGCGAUACUGUGCUACAGAAACGCUUUACUAUAUAUGAAGCCGCAGGCGCAGCCGCAGAGAAAAAUAAACGUAAACCACAUGCCGCUUUGGCUGUGCAGCAACGCAAGUCAUCCGCAGCCGACGAGCCUCCUCAGACACCGCAAACCACGCUGGCGGCACCCACGCAUUUAAAGGCGCCUAUACUCGCAACUACGCCUGCUUCUCCAGCUGGUAAUAUUCUGGAUAUGCAGGGAAAGAUAACACAAACACCCACCACAACAACAACUGUUAAUACUGGGAAUAAUAUCAACGCUCAAGUAGAUGUACCAUCAAUUCAAGUGGAGACUACAAAACCUGACGACACAACUGAUGGAUAUGAGGAUUCUACGGCUGCCACGCUAGUUGAUUCUAAUAGCAGUGAAUAUAUUAACUCUGUGGGAGUGAGGUUUACCCAGCAGACGUCUAACCAGGAUGCAGCAGUUUUGUCAUCUACAUUGACGCCUUAUGGUCUGCCGUUCAUUCAGGAGCUAUUCCGGUUUCUUAUCAUAUUGUGUAAUCCGUUGGAUAAGCAGAAUUCAGACAGCAUGAUGCAUACAGGCCUAAGUUUGCUUACUGUAGCCUUUGAAGUGGCUGCGGACAACAUUGGAAAAUAUGAAGUAUUGUUGGAGCUGGUCAAAGAUGAUUUGUGCAGGAAUCUAAUAUCGCUGCUUAGCUCUGAACGUCUAAGUAUAUUUGCCGCUGAUUUACAACUAUGUUUUCUACUCUUUGAGUCGCUUCGAGGCCACCUUAAGUUUCAAUUGGAGUGCUACCUUAAAAAAUUGAGCGAAAUUAUAGCGAGUGAUAAUCCGAAGACACCAUACGAGAUGCGCGAACUGGCGUUAGACAAUCUGCUGCAACUGUGGCGUAUUCCCGGCUUUGUUACGGAAUUGUACAUUAACUACGACUGCGAUUUGUACUGUACGGACAUGUUUGAGAGUCUUACUAAUUUGCUCAGCAAGUACACGCUUUCAGCCACUAAUGCAGUCUACAGUACGCACAUAAUCUCAAUGGAUACGCUAAUCAGUGUUAUCGAUUGCAUCGAACAUAAUUGUGCGGCUGCCAAGAGCAACAACAGCCUAAGCCACACUAUGGUUCAGGCUCCAGCGAUUGGUGUUGGCGGCAGUCGACAUUCUCGUCAUAACAGCGGCCUUGAAGGCAUAGUCAUUGACAACGGCGAGGAUCAUGUCGAAAAUAUAGCGAACUUUAUCAACAACAGCUCACAGCGAUUGCGAUUACAAUCAGCGGGCGAGAGUGGCAGCAUAACAAGUGAAGAACUGGCCAGCGUUAAAGAGAAGAAGCGUUUGUUGUCCAAGGGUACUGAAUGGUUUAAUCAACGACCUGACAAAGGCAUUCAGUACCUGCAAGAACAUGGCAUUCUACAUGCUCAACUUGAUCCCAUGCAAGUGGCCCUUUUCCUGCGCGAGAAUCCUGGUCUUGAUAAAAAAAUGAUUGGAGAAUAUAUCUCAAAAAAGAAAAACGUUGACUCUAAGAUUCUCAUCAACUUUGUGGACUCAUUUGACUUCACAGGACUUCGCGUCGAUCAAGCUCUACGUCUUUACUUGGAGACUUUCCGUUUGCCCGGCGAGGCACCGUUAAUAUUUCUCGUUUUGGAACAUUUCUCGGAUCAUUGGCACAAUCAAAACCAUGAGCCUUUUGCAAACACAGAUGCUGCUUUCCGUUUAGCCUACGCUAUUAUCAUGCUAAACAUGGAUCAGCACAAUUCGAAUGCUAAACGCCUUAAUGUGCCUAUGACGCUAGAAGACUUUACAAAGAACUUGCGUGGCUUAAAUGGUGGACAAGAUUUUGAUCAAGAAAUGUUAGCACAGGUCUUCAAUGCCAUUAAAAAUGAAGAGAUUGUGAUGCCUGCUGAGCAGACUGGGCUCGUACGCGAAAAUUAUUUGUGGAAAAUGUUGCUUCGUCGAGGUGCAACACAUGACGGACAUUUCCACUAUGUAAAUGAUGCUGCUUACGAUGUGCAAAUCUUUAACAUUGUAUGGGGCGCUUCGUUAAGUGCACUGAGUUUUAUGUUUGACAAGAGCACCGAGACGGGCUAUCAGCGCACAUUGGCGGGUUUUAGUAAAUCGGCAGCUAUAUCGGCACAUUAUAAUCUUCAUGCUGACUUUGAUGCGCUGAUCCUAACUUUAUGCAAGUUUACCACGCUGUUGAGUAGCGUAGAUCAGCAUGAGUCUGUGCCAGCCAACAAUGAAAUCCAGCAGGCUGUGAAUUUCGGUCUCAAUGCUAAGGCGCAAGCGGCAAUGCGAACUGUAUUUCUUCUAGUGCACGGUUAUGGAGAUAGUCUGAGAGACAGCUGGAAGCACAUAUUGGAAUUGUUUCUGCAGCUGUUCCGCUUAAAAUUGCUACCCAGAACUCUGAUUGAGGUAGAGGAUUUCUGUGAGCCCAGUGGCAAGGCAAUGCUGCUACUGGAGAAACCACGCGAAAAGCAAGAAUUGGGCCUUUUCUCUAGCCUCUACUCGUUUAUAAGUUCUGAGGGUCAGCGUGAGCCCACUUACGAAGAGCAAGAAUGUAUCAAACACGGUCGGAAGUGCAUUAAGGAAUGUCAGUUGGAUCAAAUGCUCCAGGAGUCUAAAUUUGUGCAACUGGAAUCUUUACAGGAGCUGCUUAGAUGCGUGUUAUCACUGUUAAAGGCACCGGAAACACCCAAAUCCAAUGGACAAGCAUAUGCUGAAGACAUAGCUGUAUUUUGGAUGGAGUUUCUUGUAAAGAUUGUGGUUCACAAUCGUGAUCGCAUGGUGCCGUUGUGGCCAGCUGUGCGUGAUCAAAUGUUGCAUCUUCUGCUUGCCAGUGCUCAGAAUGGCUAUGAUUAUCUGCUUAAUCGCUGCAUUAUAGCUGUAUUAAAACUAGCCAUAUAUUUAAUGCGCAAUGAAGAGCUGUGCCCCGUCGUGUUGCAAUCGCUCAAAAAUCUGUUAUCAUUAAAGCCACCACUGUUGCUGCGCAUCUCCAAUCAAAUAUCCAUUGGCACCUACGAGCUGCUUAAGACUUCUGCUCAAAAUAUUCACUCGGAGCAAGAUUGGCAAAUUAUAUUCAAUUUGUUGGAGUGCGUGGGCGCUGGUGCAGUUCCGCCUAACUUUGAAGCUGGGCAACAGUUAACCAUUCCGCCUAAUGGCCGUGUCACAUCCGACGGCGAAGACGAUGGAACUACUUCGUCAAUCGAUCGUGGCUACACAUCUGAUUCGGAGCUGAGUAAAUCCUCGAGUGCAGCAGCCCCGACAUCGAGUCCCAGUGCCGAAAACUGGAUACUGGUUGGCAAGGACAGUGAAUUGACCACAGCAUCAAGGCCUCAAUCGCCGCCCAGCUCUACUACACCUGUUGUAAGUUCGCUGGUGUUUAACUGCCAACUGCAAGAUCAUGCACCCUUUGCAUUGUUUAAGUGUUGGGACUCUCUGGCGUUCAUCGUUCGCAGUGUCGCCCACAUUACGCCGUAUAACUUUGAGGCUUGCGUGCGUUGUAUUCGCAUCUUUGUGGAAGCUUGUCGUGAUGGUGGAAUACAUCAGCGUCGAAAAUUGGAUGCCACUAUCAAGAAACGGAAUUUUAAAAAACGACAGGAGAACACACGUGAGCCAGGUGUUGUUAAGUCUACAUCUACUGGAAAUUUAAUAUCGGCGGUGGGCGACAUUGCCGAAAAUAGUACACCGAAUGCUGCUGAACAGGAAGAGUUGGCACAACGCUACGAACAGUUGUCUAUUCAAUUACUGGACCUCAUGUAUACAUUGUACACGCGUACUGCACAGAUUUUCCGGUGGUGGGCAGAGGAGGGCUGUACUGUGCCGCAAUCGGGAACACUGUGGACGCCUGGUUGGUGUCCGUUAUUACAGGGUAUUGCAAGGCUGGCCAUGGAUCGUCGGCGCGAAGUCCGCACGCAUGCAAUAUCCUGCCUUCAGCAGCGAGCAUUGCUGGUUCAUGAUCUACAAACGCUGUCAGGCGCGGAGUGGAGCUCUUGUUUCCAGAAUGUCCUGUUUCCACUGCUAAACGAGCUAUUGCCUGAGAGCGCUGCUGCCAGUGAGCUGGACAGCUCUCUGUUGGAGGAGUCCCGCAUUCGCACAGCCACUAUUAUGUCGAAAAUGUUUUUACAGCAUUUGACGACGCUUAUUGAGUUGGGACCGACAUUUAAUGACCUGUGGCUCGACAUAUUGGACUACAUUGAACGAUUCAUGAAAGUGGGCUCCGACACACUUUCCGAACAGAUGCAGGAGAUACUUAAAAACAUGUUGCUUGUGAUGCACUCUGUGCGCGUGUUUCAUAAUCAGGACGGUUCACUUCAGGAGGCUUUAUGGGAGCUAACUUGGCGACGUAUUGGAGAGUUUCUGCCGAACCUGAAAUCGGAGCUGUUUCAUGAUGAAGAUUUGGUAUCGCCAGCCAUAUCGCUGAACAUAACAAAAAUCAGUUACGAUCAUUCAAUGUCAUUGCCCCUCCCAGUACGCAGUUACGAAUUGGAAACGUUUACGACGGCCACAGCUAAGAGUGUAGGCUGUACCAAUACCUCUGUACAGGUUAAGCGGAAAAAGAAACCUUGGACCCGUUUGCGUUUUAAGUUUAAGUUGUUCAAGGGAAGGCGAGCCCAAACAUUGACAAACACUACAACCGCUCAACAGGUGCCUUCAGUGGCUAUUCUGCCCAGCCGUACACUGCAGCCCACGGAGCAGACUGUCAACGCGGCUACUGAUGUUGUUGCAGUUGAUGUUACUGCUGCUGCUACUGCUGCUACUACACUUGCCGUGGUCUCACCUAUAGGAUCGCCACGACGCAGCAUAAUUCUCCAACCUCCAAUGACGGAAGCACUCCAGCACGCUCCCAGCUUUACAUUUGCUCAGCCCAUAUUAAUGCCUCCACAACAGUCUACGGAGCUGCCACAGCAGCCUUCCGUUAACAGUAAGACAUUGCUUCCCGACUUGAUCAAUGAGGCAGCUGCUUCGGCUUCAGCAGUUGACCAUAACAAUACGUAUACAACACCCGGUCAGAGUUAUAUCCAGCCGGAGGCGGCAACUUCCACACCAAUUGUUAACAGUAAUAGCUACGCCAUUGAGCUGCCAGCUACGCCGCCAAAUUCAGUUGAACAUCAGCAACUUUUGUAUCAGCAAUUCCAAUAUCAACAGUACCAGACGCAACAGGCCCCAAGUGAUGUGCCCCUUAGUCAUCUUCUGGCCUGUAAUGCGUAUCCAUCGCUGCCCAGGAUGCCACAAGCAUCAAUUGUCCAAAGCUUUGCUCCAAUCUAUGAGGCGCCAGCGGCAGUGCAAGCUGGCAGUGCGAAUGACAUAUAUCAGGAAUAUGUGCAGAACCCCUAUAAUAUAACUUUACAACAGGCGCCACAGGAUCAACCACAAACACAACCACAGCCACAGCCACAGACACAGCCACAACAAUCACAAUCGGCUGAAUUGCUUUUUCCGGUUGUAGCAACGCCCGCCAACUACUUUAAUACCAAUGUCGAUCCUAGCUCCAUACCACCCGGCUCUGAACUGCUUUAUGGACAGCAGUAAGCAGUUAGUAUAACGUUUAUUUAACAUAAAAAUGGAAAACCAAUCUGUAUGUUAUUAGUAAUAUUAGGCGUUUUUAUUUUGUAUACUUUUGAAAAGAAACAUGUAUUUUAUACACAAUUGAAAUAUUUUAACACAUUCCGCGGGUGUGUGUGUUUAUGGCUUUCAAAUAUGACGAGUAUGCUUUAUGUAGUAAUCACACUUUCUCUUAAUAAUGGAACUAAAUUCGACGACGUAUUAGCGAAAUGAU